GCCUACUGCACACCUCCAAAAACGUCUUCAUGUGUAGCACUGUACAGGGAAAGCUAAGAAGCAGCUUGCUGCUGCGGUGCCGAAGAGAUGGUGAUAUUGCCUCAUGUCCUGCCAAGAGUGGGGCAGCCUGGAGAGCAUGUGGAGGUGGGGACCCCAAAAUUUGGCCCGACGGAUCAGUCUCUAAAAUUGCUGUUCUUCUUUCAAAGGAAAACUCGAUAUUCACUAGUCAGCAUGGGAGCGUGUCCAGGAUUCUCUUGUAGGUGAGGGGAGUUUCUACUGGUUCCUGUGCUGAUGUUGUCCCUGCUGCAUUGCUGACCUAGAAUUUGUGAGAAAAAGAGGCAAACCAAGGAGCGACGCGUUGGUUCUGUCACCUCUUGCUAAAGGUCGAUGUGGUCAUUGUGGAAGUGAUCUUACCUGCUCUACUGAGGCAAGGACUGAGAUGUGCCAGCACAAGCAGAGGAACUGUUAGAAUAAGAAUAGAACAGAAUAGAAUUAGGAUAGAAUACUUAAAUUGGAAGGGCCCUACAACAAUCGUCUAGUCUAACUGCCAGGUGGAUGGAGGUGGGGACCCUUGGUGAGACAGUAGCGAGUCACUCCUGGAUCUCAAUGUGAAGCUUCGUGUGCGUUCCAGGUGCUUGAACCUGGGCUGUGCAUGUCAGACAUCUCCCACAGAAAUGAGGUUCCAGCCAGGAAGAUGUUGGUAAGGACUCCUCAGUUUUGCCGGGUUUCUCAGGAGCAUCCUUCACUUACUCCCGUAGUUUCAUUGUGGCUGAGCAAAAAGCUUGGCUGGAGAGGACUCCGCUUGUUGCUCAGCCUGCCUACCUCACCAUUAUUUUCUCCAUCUGUACAAAUCUCUUGCCAGCAUUUCUCAGCCCAUCCUCCGAUGUUCUCAGUCUCGCAGUCUGAGGUUUUCUGCUCUGCAGGAUUGUUUUCUGCUGCCUUUUGCUUCAUUUUGCCCGUUAGUAACGACAUGGGCUGGCGUGAUGCUCCGCUUCAUGAAGUUCAGUGCAUUGUCCUGUAAAGAACAGCCUGUCCUUCGUUAUUGUGUUGUUGUUCAAAGAUCUAGAGAUUUCCUGCGGAGUCUGCAGAAGCUGGAAGAUUAGGAACGACCGUCCGCUUCUAGGGAAGCAGAUCAAGCAGGGUCUCUAACAGCAGGUGACCAGACAAGUUUGCUAUGAAAAUAAACUCCAUCAAAGGGACACGAUUGUGGCCGUGCUGAGAGGAAGAGCUCCGGCCCCGCUGGUAACAGGGACUGAGCGCAGGGAAGGUGACCAGCUUUGCCUUCGGUGUGUAGCUGAGCGUUGCUUUGGUUCAGAGCAAAGGACAGGACCUUCAGGGUUGAACCAGCCUUCAAUACUUCCUCAACUUCUUUUAAUCUUCAUUUUAAUUAAAAGUUGAUUGAUGUAUAUAACUGCACCGAGCUGCCAGAUCAUGAUGCGCAGCUCCAGGAAGCCUGUGUGAGCCAGCAAUCCACAGCCUGAAACUGGACCCACUUUCUUUUUCAUUAUUUUUGUUCUGUGUUCGUGAGUGCUGUGCGAUAGUCACGUGGGGGGUGCAGCCCUAUAAUGAGAGGGACAAAUGUGUGUUGGUACAAGUCUGGAACGUGGGAAAGAAACACAAAGAUUUAGUAAGAAUGAAAUAAGCAGACAGUGGCAGCCAGGAGCCCUGAAGGACAGAGCUUUGCAGCUCAGAUAGGUGUGAGAAGACAGAAUAAUGACUCCACUUGGUGAAGAUCUGGUCUCCAUGUGCUGCCAGCCUGGCUGUGCCUCUGACAUCCCUGCUGGCUGAUUCCAUCUCUGCGUGUCUGCCCGGACAUCGUCCCCUUUUGAAGCCGGACACAGAGCAGCCCUGCUCAGCUCUUUUCUUGCCCAUCCUUCUCCACUCUCUGGCAUCUCAAGCUGCACAUCCCCCAGAGUACCUGUCGUCUUCCUUCAAAAGCUUCUACAACCCACCUGUGUAAAUAGCUCAGCCGUGUCCCUUCUGCUCACAGGCGGAGAGGGAGAUGUGCCCGCUGUCACACUGUGUGUUUUUCUGCUUGACUCCGCUGAUCUGCUUUGAGUCGAUUUGCAAGCUUCUCUGGUCACAGACAAAACCCAGGAAAUACAAACUAACGCAGCCUGACAACCCUCAAAGUGUACCAGAGCUCCUCUCCUGAGCUGCCCCUUCUCCUUCUGGCUCUUCAUCUGAGCCCCUUUUAGUGUGUUGAGCUUUUAGGAAGCCUUAAAUUUCUGGUAAAGGCUUUUGGUUGGGACUCUGGGGUGGUGACGCAGUACCAGGCCAAGCCAGACAGUUCUGGGACCUUGCAAACAUCCCUUAAAUUCUUAAUAUAGCACGAAGAGCUCUUUCUUUGGAGUUGCGCAAGGGAAAAACAGAGGUGUGCCGGGCACAGCGCAGUGUCUGAGUUCAGCCCUGGGGCUGCUGAGGCUGCUCGAGAGAGCUCCGAGGGGGAUUUUGACAUUGGAGAACAACAGUGUAUCUGUAAAACACGUUAUAUUGCAUUACUGAAGAAUGAUCUAUUUGUUCCCCGUAUCUUUAAAAUGUGUCUAUAUAGCUUGACCCUGGGAGGGCUCUGGCUGCUGUUGCUGGUUACUCCUAGAGAUGAGCAGGUAGAUGAGCCGUCCCUGGGCUGUGUCUUUGGGCAGCUCUGGAGCUGAGCCUGGCAUCCCGGAGGAGCCGCCCCAAGUCCACGCGUUUGGAAAGGAAGCGGUUAAAUUUGUCCAGUUUGCCAGGAAACUGAAGAAAGCAGCAGCAGAGCUUGGGUCUCAUGAUGAGUAGCUCAGCCCGGUGAGCGGCCGCAGCUCCAGGCAGCGAACAGAGCUGCAGUGUCUGCAGGCACCCGGCUCCCCCUCCCACUGCACUUUUUUAAGAAAAGGGAUUGGGCUUGAGACCACAAGCUCAGAGCCAGCGGAGCUCACAGUCUGCCAGCUGGACUGCCGAGAAGAGAGGGACCUGUUCUCGCUGCCCAGAGUGCUGGUGGAGGGACCCUGGGGUCUCUUCUACGUGCCUUUUUGAAUAGCUCUGUUGCAAAGAUGUCUCACCACGGGAACGGCUCCAUGUCGCCAAGCACGCAUCCUCCCGAGCAUCACCACCCAACGGCAGCCCCGGGAUCUGGUCACGACAUGAUGAUGAUGGCUAUGACCUUCCACUUCAGCUAUGAGAAUGUGCCAUUGCUGUUUUCUGGACUUAAAAUCAAUUCUCCUGGAGAAAUGGCUGGCGCUUUUGUGGCCGUCUUCUUCCUGGCCAUGUUUUAUGAAGGCCUUAAAAUCGCCCGAGAGUGUCUGCUCCGGAAAUCCCAAGUCAGCAUCCGCUACAACUCCAUGCCAGUGCCGGGUCCCAAUGGCACGAUCUUGAUGGAGACGCACAAAACCGUUGGACAGCAGAUGCUGAGCUUCCCUCACCUCCUGCAGACCGUGCUGCACGUCAUCCAGGUCGUGGUCAGUUACUUCCUCAUGCUCAUCUUCAUGACGUACAACGGGUACCUCUGCAUCGCGGUGGCCGCAGGAGCAGGGACGGGCUAUUUCUUCUUCAGCUGGAAAAAGGCCGUUGUGGUGGAUAUCACGGAGCACUGCCAUUAACGCCGGCGCUGCCCAGGAGCCUCUCCACCCCGCUGCUCUCUCGAGGCGCAGCCGUCACCAGGACUGGAUCAUUCCUAAGCGGAAAGAGAAACAAUAGAAAGAAAAUCAGCUGGAGUUCACAAGUUCCUCGCUGGGCUGCAGGGAUGGGAGCGGCUGGGGACGCUGCUCCCCCUUGCUGCGGGCUGGCAGCAGGGUUGGCUCCCCAGGGUCCCGUGGUGGCCGUUCUUGGCUAGGAUUUGCUUUAUUCUUAGAUUAUGCCGUGAUUGAAAUUAGUUGGCUGACAGAAAUGUAGAAAUUAUUCUUUUAUGAAACGAAACAUUUUAUUUUUAAAUUGUAAAUGCUCAUCUCUGGGGGUUUUAUGAACUGUAGGUAAAGAGCAAAGUUGCCAACAGAGCCUACGUGUGCGAAUGGCUAUUUGAAUUUCCAUUAUUUUUUCAAUAUGUACAUAAUGCCGGGGAAGGAAUCUCCUGGCAUUGUGGCUUUUGGGGCCAAUGACGCCUUCUGUUGCAGAAGGACUCAGCCUCUGAGGAAGACUUGGUGCUGCACAUCAGACACGCUCAGGUGUGUCCUGGCAAGGAAAUCAGUGUGUGACCCGUGUGCUUCGGGGAGUCCAGAUGAAUCUGUCCCCAAGCCCAUGAGUCUGUCCCAAGCCCAUCAGAGUACCGUGAGUGUUGUUAAUCCUCUGGUGUAUCCAGCAGCUUUUCUCAGCUUCAAGUGAUAACUUUUGGGUUUGGCUGCUUUCACUUCCCAAUCAUGGAAAAACACAGAGCAGAUGCAGGACAAUUGGGUCUUUACAGGGCAAAAAGACUUUAAAUAAACCAUUGAACCCGAAUUUAUGUCACGUUGAAUCGCACCUGGAUGGAUCUAGAGCUAGAAUUUGAUUUGCUACAACUAGUUCUAUAAAUGAGGCAAGAACUAACUAAUGACUUCACGACACUGAAGGCCGAAAUGUCUGAAGAGGGUGUUCCGUGGUUGAGAUGAAGUAAAACAACCAUGUUCCUGUAAAGGAGAGACUUGGGGAAGAGAAGGAAGAACAGAUUAGACUACAGCAGCCUUUGGUCUCAGGUGGAAUUUGGAGUAGCUUGGGCUGAUUAAAAAGUAUUCCUAACCCAGGUGCCUCCUCUUUGUCCUGAUAGUCUUGCUGUGACCUUGUUAACUCAGAGGUGUGAGGGUGAUUGGUACCAGAGGUGGACAAGUGGUGUAGAACAAACACCUUCCCAUUCCGUGCUGUCAGUUCUGCACAGUUCACAGGAAGAACAGGCUGUGAGAUGGGGACAACCAGCGUCCUGCGCGUGUGAUGCCCAGAACGUGCUUAGUUUUCUAGGGUUUAGCAAUUCUGCUUCUUGUUGUAGGGAAGGCUGUGCAGAGCGCGGUGCAAAGCUGCAGCCUUCGUUCCGCCCGGGAUGCCCGUUUGUGCCAGCGACUGGCUGAAAGGGAACACGGUGGAGUUUUCCAAAGGGCUCUGAAAACCAGCUCAGACCGGGACUGACGUGUGGGAUGUGCCGUGAGAACAGGGAAUCCUUUUGAGAUUAAAGUAUCUGGGCACAUGCAGCAGCAUUUUUUUUCUCCGAAGAUGCUACCUGGAUCUGGAAUUGCACCACAUAAAGCUGCCCAUCCCGGGCUGAUGCCAGGUAUUUAUCUGGACAUCUUGUUUUCUUUGGGCAGGGCAAAUACGGAAUAAAAGGAGACAAAGCAGGCUUGGGUUUCUGAAGAGUUUCUUUCGGUAGCAAAUUUGCAUCUGGGUGAAAGAAGCGAAGGUUUUUUCAUGGAAAACAGCCAGCUCCUGAUGAGGAGGAGGAAGAGCUCUUCCUCAGUCUGAUCUCCGGAGGGAGGGAUGUCUGACAGGUUGCAGAAGGACAGACUGAUACCCUCUCUCUGCAUCUGUUGUGAAGGUGAAAUCUGUGCCCUCUGUGCAAUGGUGCCUCUCUGAGAGCAGAAAACAGACCGUUCCGACCCCUGUGUGAGAGCGGCAAGGAAAUGUUGGUGUUUUUCAGAGAAAAUUGAAGCAGCUAAGCGCUGGAGAUGGUUGGUUGUGUUUUGAAAGCUUCCACUGCAGGGGCUCAAUCGCUGACGGAGUUCAGAGCCCACAUUGCAGACACCGCUCUGAUCGGUCUCUUCAGUGAGUCAGAGGUGUUGCCGUUCUGGGAUGUCUGGUUAUAGGGUAUGGACAUGAGUGGCUUUGCGUGGUGACAUUAGUUACUUCACAGACCUCUUGCUGUGUCUUCCUCUGAAAUGGAACCUCUGCUGGGGCUGAUCUUGCUGUUCCCUUGUAGCCACUUUUCUUGUAUUGAAGUGACCAGACUUGAAUUCUUGGAUUGAAGUGUUCAAAGACGGAUGACUUGACAAUCAGGCUUUUAUGAUAUAAAUUCGGUUCUCAUGUUAGUUUUUCUGCCUUGUUCUGUGUGUAGCAUCUGUGCCCUUGAGAUGGUUCCCUGAGGAUGAACACCUCUGCCUUCAAAGGCUUCUCCUGCCCACGCUCACACAGGAGGGCACGGAGCUUCCUCAGCGUGACGCUGACCUGGCACUUGUCACCUGGGGAGCAGGAGUCGGGCAGAGGUCCCCAAGUAUCUCCCAUGCACCUCAGUGACCUUCCAGAGCCUGUCAGGGUGACGCGUUGAGCACUGGGGAGCAGCCCGGUUAGAAUUGGGAGCCCAGGCCGGGCGCUGGGGAGGUCUGAGGGAAAGAUAGUUAAGGACACAGCAUGGAGGGCUGUGACCUCUGAGCUGAGUGACACAGCGAGGCACAGCUGACAAGGGGACGUGUCCUGGCCAUGUCUUGGCUUUUCAGCUUCUUUUGCUUCAGCGGUGACAAUCCAGAGAAGCCACCAGCCUCCCCCGGUCCACCCGAUGCCACCGGUUGCCCCGUUCCUGGCCCAGGUUGCUGUUCGCUUUGCCAGAGUCUCAGCAAAACCUGCGCUCCCUCCUGCCGACGGCUUCUGGGGCAGUGCCGCCCUCCUGCCGGCCGGGUUUAAACUUCCCAUAACACUAAACCCGCAUUGUGGUGCCUGGGGGAAGGUUUUGAGACUUGAGUACAUUAAAUUCCUAUGUCAACACACGUGUAGCAUGCUUGGAAUGUGACGUCCUGUGUCUGUACUCUGAUGUUUAUUCUCCACGCGCUGUGCCUCGGGAUUAUCAUCUUGGAAGAAGUGCACAAAGCAUCCGGGCUGCGUCCAGCUGUUGUUGUUUUCCUUCGAGUGCCUUUUCAGUUCGUCUGGAGCCAGUCCCACCAAAUCCAGCAGGAUUUCUAGUUUUGUUUACAGUGGACUUGUCAUUUUGGUUUUUACUCUUGCUCUUUGUGGAGGUAACUUGUCUGAUAUUACUGUGAAUAUCAAAGAAUCUCCUGUAUAUAAUUAACCAAUAAACUCGAUUGGAUUUUA